UCUGCCUUUAGUCUUUACCCACGUGGUUACUGGGGCGGGCGCAUCAGCCCCAACUUUGAAUCAAGUAACUCGCAACUGAGGUCCGCUCGCUAUAAGCAGAAUAACCUGAGUGUCCUGGUGCGACUGCAGUCAGCUGCAAUAUUCGUUUUUUACAGUCGGUGCGAGGAGCGAUCAGUGUGCAUUGCUCUCAUAAAUACAAAAGAUCUGAAAACUUUACACCUCUAUUUUUUUUUUUUUACUUUUUUGUUUUAUUAAGGAGCAUUCUGUCCGGGGAUUGUUUUGUGGCCAUUGGCAAAAAAAAGCAAAAAGUGUCACACUCUUUAAAUGUGAGGAAACUUUUACUCAGUAGCUUCAACAAGUGAUUUUUUACCAGAAGCUGCCUGAAUCCAAGAACUCUCGAGAAUGGCCUCUGCGGAAAACACUACAGAUUACAAGCCAUUAUUUGGCCGAAGUAACCCUCGAUCUCUGGUUUUCAGCUUUUUGUUGACCAUGCCGACAGUCGUGUGCUUCACGCUGUCUCUGACUUCGAUCGUAAUUUGCGUUUUGAUGACUUCCAAAACGUCCCAGCUAGAACUUCGCUUGCACGCCUUAGAGAUGGAGAAAGCGCUGUCCCCAGAAACCCCUUUUCUGGGCAAAUAUGGGGAUGUAGUACCUGGACUUCGGGACACGAUUGAGAAACUUGUUGAAGAGAGGCUGAGCGAAGCCCAGCCGAAGCAGCGCACGGCCAGAGAAGCGGUGCAGCCCUGCUCCUGCCCGCCAGGUCCUCCAGGAAAACGUGGCAGGAUGGGAAGACGAGGCGAUCCCGGUCCUCCGGGCGUGCCUGGACGAGACGGUUACCCGGGCCCACUUGGUUUGGAUGGCAAACCUGGUCCCCCAGGUCUUAAAGGAAGUCAGGGACUACCUGGCCUAAAAGGAGAAAAGGGUGACCAAGGAGACGUCGGACCAAGGAUGAUCUUUCCCCGCUAUGACCAUGGAUUUCUCUCAGAUGACCACCAUAACUUUAAAAGACUGAUACUGAAGGGCGAUCAAGGACAAGCUGGCCCACCUGGUCCCCCCGGGCCACCCGGGUCCCCUGGACCAAGAGGACCUCCUGGGAACACAGGGAGGGACGGCCCCCGCGGCCCCCCUGGAGAGCAGGGAGCUGCUGGACAAGAAGGCCUUGAGGGAUCGAGCGGUCCUCCUGGAAAACCGGGUGAAGAUGGCGACCAAGGUCUUCCCGGGCCACAAGGACCCCCAGGAUCAAAGGGAGAAAGAGGGCUACCUGGUGUUCAAGGUGAAAGAGGAGUGGACGGCCUCCCAGGACUAAAGGGAGAUAAAGGGGAUGUGGGAGAGGGAGGACUCCAAGGAGAUAAGGGUGAACCUGGUGAGAAAGGUGCUUCGGGGCCUUCCGACAUCAUCAACUUCAACGGCAAACUUCAGGAAGCCUUGGAGGCCAUCCACACCAUCAGCGUCUCGGGUCCUCCUGGACCUCCUGGCCCUCCUGGGCCCCCAGGCCCCCCUGGAGAACCAGGUUCAAAGGGAGAGCUGGGUUUACCUGGGACAUCUGGGCUUGAUGGUGAAAAGGGUCCCAAGGGUGCAAAAGGCGACCCUGGAGAACCUGGGAUGCUGGGUGAAAAAGGAGAGAAAGGCGAGAUGGGUCUGUCGGGACCAGCGGGAGUCGAUGGACAAAAGGGAGAGAAAGGAGACAGUCUGUCCCAGGAUGACCUGGUACAGAUGAUAUCCCUUCCGGGCCCCCCAGGCCCCAUUGGCCCUGCUGGUCCUCCUGGUCUCCAGGGAUUCAAAGGGGAGCCGGGGGAAGCGGUAAAGGGUGAAAAGGGGGACGUCGGCCCCCCUGGGCCAUUGGGACCACUGGGUCCACAAGGCCCGCCUGGUCCGGCCGGAUUGCUAGGCCUGCCAGGUGCGAAAGGAGAGAAGGGAAAGUCGGGGGAACCCGGAUUAGAUGGCUUCCCGGGGCUUACAGGAGAGAAGGGUGACCGAGGAGAGAAAGGAGAAAAGGGUGACAGAGGGACAGUAGGCAGAAAAGGUCUGAAGGGACAGAAGGGUGAGCAGGGACCCCCCGGAUUGGACCAGCCCUGUCCCGUGGGCUGUGAUGGGGUUAAAGGUCACCCCACCCCAGAUGUCCCCUGUCCCCUGGGCCCAGACGGACUCCCCAUAAAGGAAUGUUUGCACAAGUGAUGACUAACAAGACGCAUGCCACCUGUACAUAUUGAUAUGGUAUAUUUUGCAGCUGAAUACUUUUACUUUUUUGAAAGAAAACGAUUUGUAAGGAAAGGUUUAAUAUAAUAUAUUACGCUUUUAAUGUCGGACAUCAUGUUGUCUUUUAACAACGAAGGUGUUAACGAAAAACCUACAAGAAAUUGUAGGCUAGUAGUAAUUAAUGUUACCAAUUGGACUUUUAAAUUGUGUGUAAAGUUCGUAUAAUGAAGAAUGGCUGCCAUGAAGAUUUAGGAGUAAAACUAAUCAUGGAAAACCAGUUGACGGACUCCUUAUGUAGUCGACAUAAGUUGCUGCUACAGUGAUAUGGACGGGAAGAUUGGGUCCUAACACUACAAACGGACUUUCUGCUUUCUUUAUGCGAAAUGCUGCAUGAGACUGAUGUCACCCAAAGACGAUUCAGAGACUUUUACACCAACGCCCCCCUCCCCCUUCUCUUUGUUUUGGAAGGACAAUAAUACCUGGCAGAAGCCGAAACUGAAGCCUAUCUCUCACCCUUAAAUAAGGAGAGAGACGUGUGCUCAGCGGAGCAAAACCGUAUCAAAACAGACGUGAAGGUCGAGGUCCGUGAUGCUCGCAGUUAAGACCUGCAGUUUCUCCGGUAUGGAGUUUGACCAGCAGGGGGCAACAAUGGGCUCGCUACAACUCAACACGCUGGAAACCCAGGCAAACCGAACAAACCACAAGGCCAUCGAGGCAGAAAGGCAGCCAGAAUGUCCCCCAUUGGUAUAAUGAAAGUCUGGAAGUAUUUCUUUGUUUGAAGUAUAUUUGUGAUUAUUUCUUUUUCGUUUGUUCCAUAUUCAGUUAAUACAACGAAUUGUGUUUUGAUAUGUUCAGAGUUUAUGAAAUUUGUAAACUAUUUCUGGUUUAUUUUUCAACACAUUACCAGAAACCAUUCAUUCAUUUGUGGUCACAGUGACCCAGUGCACAGCUUUCAAUUUUUAAUUUUUGAUGAGGCAAGAAAUACUUACUGUUUUACUAAAUGAUGUGAUAGUUUGUAUAGUUCAUAUUAAUGACACUUGGUUGUGAUUAUUUCUGGAUAUUACCAUUACGGUAGCACUCCUGUGGAUGGACAUUUUUGUAUAAUAUAAACCAAAAUAUAUAUAUAUAUAUUUUUUUUUUUUGUUACAUCAUUAGUGACAUAUAGUAGACAGAUUUGUGUGCAGAACUUUUCAUGACAGCGCAUGUCUUAUUCCUGUGUGUCCGUGCUAUUAAACAUGAAGAUUUUUUGUGUUUUGUUAAAACAUUGUGAAUGAAAGAGUUUAAAACAUCCUAUAUAUAUAUAUUAGUAUUGUAACCUGCUCACAGACACUUUCCAGUAGGUCACACAAUACACGUGUUCUUUUUCUCUCUGUUUAUAAAUUUUCUCAUAAAACAUUUCAUUAGACUUGUCAUCAACCAGCUUUGCUGGAUAAUAAAUACCCAUUGGUUCCCUCAAAAGUAGCUUUAUUUUCUGUAUUUUUGUUCAGAAGUCUGUGAGUAUCAAGCCAAAGGCUGCAUACACAGCUGUCUAUUGACAGCCAUGAAUAUUGACGUAAGCUAUACAGGUUUGAUUGUUGGUAUUGCGGAAAUCAUCAUUAUUAUUGUUAUAAAUCCACAGACAUGAAGGGCAGUUCAACAUAUUUCCAUUUAUAGUCUUUUGUUGUAAUUGUUGAUUUUCCUUAUAAACUCAUGUGUGCAAAGUGAUGGCUUUUCCACAGAGAUGUCCUGUUUGUUUAUGUUCUUUUUUCACUUUUCUGAAUUCAGAAAGCCGUUUGUGGUUCAAGGUCUUGCCGAUCGCUUCAUCUGCUACAUUUUAUGGAAAUCUUAAUACCUGGGACCCACGCAUCACAGGGCAACACAGCAUCCCAUGCCGACUCACACACCUAAAAAGCAGCCCCCCCCCCCACACACACACACACACACACACACACACACACGCUUUAACAGCUGAAGGGCGAUCCCCAUAAGCCAAGGUGUGGUUGUACAGUUUUUAGUAACUUUAUAUAGCAUUUUCCCUAAUUUGUAUAGAAGGUGAAGACCACUGCACACAACGUUUUGGAAUUUCUUUGGUGAAUUUUAAUUUUCAAUUUGGAGUUUUUCUUGAUGGGGCACCUUGGUCACGGAGCAUUGUGAAGACAAAAGACAGCUGGUUGAGGUCCCUGUCUCUAUUUUGCCAUUUGACCAGAGAUAAGUAAUUUUAUGAGUGAAAUGGUAGCUAGUACAGUGUUUUUAUCACUAUUCUGCAAAGGUUUUUAUUUAACAAAAAGAUGUAAAGAGGACUUGUGACUCUGAGUCAACUUUUUGUCUUUUACUCUCUUGCCAAGCCUGGCUUUUUAAUUUUUGUUUUGUAUACUUCUGAAUUCUGUAUGCUUCUGAGUAAUGUACAGUGUGUUUAUUAAUGAGGAGACUUUUACGCAGACCUGCAUCUUAAAAGAGUUUUGUAAGGAAAACUUGGACAAUUUAGCAUUUAUUUCAGGUCAUUUGCGUCAUUUGCGCAAGUCACUGGCUGAACACUUUGCCUUACCGUAAUAGUAAAUCUUUUCGAUAAGGCAUAAAUUCUAGUUAAAAGCUCAUCAAGGAAUAUUUCGUGGUGUUAGUAAUUUUACUAUCACAUGAUUGGAUUGAGUUUUGAUUAUUUUAUGUUUUGUAGUAAAAGAGUUUUCAGCUAUUUUUAUAAUGUUUCUCAUUUUGGUUUGUUUUGAAAAUAUGUGAAAUC